AACACAGGCCCACUCUUACGACAUGUGACUUUACUGUUUUCCGUUUUUGUUGAAAGAGUCAUUAACAGGAGUUGAUGGCAGUUUCAAUAACAAGUUAUCACUGAGAAAAGGGUAACACUGUAAUAUGCAGAAGUCUACAAAUUCUGAUACCUCUGUGGAAACGCUGAAUUCCACCCACCAAGGCACGGGAGCUGUGCAAAUGAGAAUAAAAAGCGCAAACAACCACCAUGACAGACUGAGCCAAACUAAAUCUAUGAUCCUCACCGAUGUUGGGAAGGUCACUGAACCUAUAUCCCGGCACAGAAGGAAUCAUUCACAACAUGUCUUGAAAGAGAUCAUUCCUCCAUUGGAACAGCUGAUGGUUGAAAAAGAAGGUUAUCUUCAAAAAGCUAAAAUUGCAGAUGGAGGAAAGAAGCUAAGGAAAAACUGGUCUACUUCCUGGAUUGUUCUUUCUAGUCGGAAAAUUGAAUUUUAUAAAGAAUCCAAGCAACAGGCUAUGUCCAAUAUGAAAACUGGGAACAAACCAGAAAGUGUGGAUUUGUGUGGUGCACAUAUUGAAUGGGCCAAGGAAAAAUCAAGCAGAAAGAAUGUCUUUCAGAUCACAACAGCAUCAGGAAAUGAGUUUCUUCUACAGUCAGAUAUUGAUUUCAUCAUAUUGGAUUGGUUCCAUGCUAUCAAAAAUGCAAUUGACAGAUUGCCAAAGGAUCCAAGUUGCCCAUCAAGAAAUCUGGAACUAUUCAAAAUCCAGAGAUCCUCCAGUAGUGAAUUGCUAAGUCACUAUGAUAGUGAUAUAAAAGAACAGAAACCAGAGCACAGAAAAUCUUUAAUAUUCAGACUGCAUCACAGUGCUUCCGAUACAAGCGACAAAAACCGAGUUAAAAGCAGAUUAAAGAAGUUCAUUACCCGAAGGCCAUCCCUGAAAACUCUGCAAGAAAAAGGACUUAUUCAAGAUCAAAUUUUUGGCUCUCAUCUGCACACAGUGUGUGAACGUGAAAAUUCCACAGUUCCAUGGUUUGUAAAGCAAUGCAUUGAAGCUGUCGAAAAAAGAGGUUUAGAUGUUGAUGGAAUAUAUCGAGUUAGUGGCAAUCUAGCAACAAUACAGAAGUUAAGAUUUAUUGUCAACCAAGAAGAGAAGCUGAAUUUGGACGACAGCCAGUGGGAGGACAUCCACGUUGUCACUGGAGCACUGAAGAUGUUUUUCCGAGAGCUGCCUGAGCCGCUCUUCCCUUACAGCUUCUUUGAGCGGUUUGUGGAGGCGAUCAUUGUUUCAGAAUAUGGGCCAAACAAAGCUGGAUGGACAUUUCCUGAGACCUGACCAUCUGCCACCAAAUUCCUACUUCCCUGCUCCUGUUGUGUGUUGGUGGCAUCAGAACCAUGUGUGAGCAACCUUCCCUUUGGUUUAUUCUGCAAAUGGAAGUAAAUUUUCUUUGCAGGAUGUGGUGUUCCAAUUGCCAUCAGAGAAAUCCCGCUUUCUCACAGAGAAGCAAAUCUACCUCCAAAGCAACCAAAGGCUCCUCCUCCUUGCUUUG